AUGUCAGGAACAAGAAGUAGCCUGGCGUUCUUCGGGCUUUUGUUCAGCAUUAUUCUGAUACUCGCCACUGCAGAGCUGAAUGAAACCGACGAUUAUCCGCAAACUUGUAUAUUCGAUAAAUUCGAUUAUCGUUUGCCUUUACAAGUAGCACCACGACAUUACAAUAUCGUGCUAACACAAAAGAAGGACGUCUUCGUCGGGUACAGCAGUAUACUCCUCGAAGUGCUUGCUCUCAGAUUUCGCGAAAAACUUUCUCCUGGGAAUUACACGCUGAACAUCGACUUUGAAGCCGUUUCACAUAGCACUCGGGGUUUCGUCAGAACCCAAAGCUUAGAAAAGCCCUCAAAGUCAGAGUAUAUAACGGUUUUCGAACCGAUCGGUGCUCGAAGUUUAUUCCCAUGCUGGGACCAGCCAAUAUUCAAGACAACCUUCAACAUCUCCGUCGUACACUCAUCCAAAGCCCAGGUCUUCUCGAACAUGCCGCAUAGGGAUGAAACGUGCAGUUCCUCCGGGAAGGAGGUUGAAAAAGUUCCAACACGGACAAAAAGGACGGACUUCUACAUUACUCCCGUCAUGCCCACCUACCUCGUGACGAUCGCGAUUGUUAAAACCACUACAAAUUGCACGACAAGGAAUAACAUUGAAUUUCACCACGCGAAGAACGUGCAGAACCACGUGAAAGUAGUCUUGAAGAUCGCUAACAGAGCUAAUGGCUUUUUAAAUACUUAUACGAAACACAAGUGGGGAAAUUCGAUAAUGCGUAUUCUCUCGUAUCAGAACUUGACAAGCAAUCUCGUGGGAGGUGGGCGAUUCGCAGUUUUUAGAGAAAGUGAUCUCAUUUACAAACGAAAUUUGCAUUUUCCCGGAUUCAAACUUGCAAUGUGGAAGAAAAUAGCUAACCAAAUGGCACAACAAUGCAUCGAGAGUUUCGUCAGCCCGAUGACGUGGUCUCAACUCUGGUUUAGCCGUGCAUUUGCAACGUAUCUAGGUUAUAAAAUCGCUGGAAAGGAAUACGGCGAAGAUGUCAUGACGCAACUUUUUGUAGUACAGGUUCUACAGCCUGCACUCCAUAAUGAUAUUGAAGUGAAUGUACCGGCUAUUAUACACGAUUAUGAUCCGUUUUAUUCAUCUCUCAUUUAUAAGAAAGCAUCUGCUAUGAUAAAGAUGUUGGAAUGCAUUGUCACAGAAGACAUAAUGCGACGAGCACUUGUGCAAUACAUAAAGAAAUACGCAUACGGUUCCGCCACACCAAUCGAUUUCUUGAACAUCCUGGAGGAAGUAAUGCUUAAGUUACCUUCUGGACAUAUAAGACCUUACUGGGAAAUAACGAAGAUAAUGCAUGUGUGGUACUCGCAAAGACGCUACCCAAUAAUGGCUGUUGUAGAGCCUGUUGGUGGCAAGAGGAUAAAUGUUGAAACACUUGAUGUAAGAUAUUCCCAAAUUGAACCAAAUAAAUGGCCGACACCAGUAAUAUUCGAGAAAAAACCGAAUAUCCGUUUCGUGCAACAUUUACAAAUGUCGUUCAAGAAUUUGUCACGGAAUCUUAACGAUUCUUUCGAUAUUCAUGGGGGAGGACCAGAUCAUCUAGUUAUAUUUAAUGUGAAACAAUUCGGCUACUAUCGUGUCUACUACGAGUAUAACAAUUGGGUGAAAAUCUCGAGACACCUGAAUAACAAGGAUCACACGAAGAUACACGUCCUGAAUCGUGCUCAAAUCGUCGACGAUGCGUAUCAUUUUCUAAUGGAGAGCAAAUUUAGUUACAUAGUCUUCUAUGGUUUAAUCAAUUACUUACAAGAUGAGACGAAUUUCAUAGUAUGGCACAGUGUGAUGAACAUCCUGCAUUAUGUGUCACCCUUCUUCAACUUUGCAGAAAGUAUACAAUUUAAGAAGCUCAUGUUGAAACUCACGAAUUCGGUUUUGAUGAAGAUAGGAUAUUAUGAGAAUCCUGAAGACGAUGAAAUGUUGAGAGCAUUGAGAUUAUUACUCCUGAAUUGGGCCUGCAGACAUGGACAUGUUAAUUGCAGAGAAAAAGCAUACGAAAAACUGAAGAUACACAUCCAUGGUCCCAAAAAUGAAGGCACGUCGCCGUUGUGGAACGACUGGAUGUAUUGCGCGGGUCUGAUGCACGUACACAAUUACACUUUAUCUGAACUUCUGUCUGCUUUACGCACACAGAACAAAGAUAUUUUUCAAUAUAUGAUUUGUGUCGAAGACGUUGACUUGCUCCGGAAAGAAGUAGAAAUGUUCCUACUCAAAGCUGAAGCGACACAGAACGAAAGCGUUCGGUUAAAAAAAUUCUUCCGCGACUUUGUGAAGAUGCAUGCUAGAAAGCCUAAAAUACUCGAAUUUAUCUUGAGCAAUUUCAACAAUAUACUGCCAGGACACAUGACCGCCGUGGAGAAAAUAACUCACAUUUAUAUGAGCGUGUACUCCAAGUGUCAACUUGACGAGGUAAAUUUCACGAUCUUACACAUCCCACUCUUAUUCAUGCGCACCUUUUAA